AUGGCAGCACGAACACGACUCGCAGCCAAACUCGCCCAAGUCGCCAAUCAGCCCACACUUACAGCUGCCGCAACACAGCCGAUCUUAUUCUUCGAAAAUGCGAAGGCGUGGGAGACAUGGCUCGACGUCAACCACGCUGACCAAACUGGCCUAUGGUUGAAGAUCAGCAAGAAGAGCAGUGGCAUUGCAUCUGUCACAUACGAUGAGGCGCUUGACACCGCACUCUGUUACGGCUGGAUCGAUGGUCAGAAGAAGGGUCUCGAUGCCGACCAUUUUGUCCAACGAUUUACGCCACGGCGCAAGAACAGCCUCUGGUCGAAGCGAAACGUCGGGAAAGUUGCGGUGCUAAUUGACGCCGGACGCAUGCGAGAGUCCGGGCAGGCGGAGAUUGACGCGGCCAAGGCAGACGGGCGGUGGGAAAAGGCGUACGCGCCACCAAGCACGAUGGAGGUUCCCCCCGACUUCCAAGCUGCGCUCAAUCGAAGCAAGAAAGCAAAAACCUUCUUCGAGGGGUUGGGCAAGUCGAAACGGUACGCUUUCUUGUGGCGUAUUGAGACUGUGAAGCGGGAGGAGACGCGGAAGAAGAAGGUGGAACAGUUCGUGGCGCUUCUGGCCGAGGGUAAAACGCUGUGA